CCCACCACCUGGUCUCGACGUCUGAGUCGAUCCGGCCUCCGCAGUGGCCCCGGUCGUUCGAUCGAUCGAUCCCAUCUUGUUUGACUCGUCCUCCUCUCGAGGCUUCGCUGUUCCCCUGUUUCUUCUCUGUCGAAUCGUUCUUCGAUCGAUCCGGUAUCCGCGCGGAGCGAAGAGGAAAAAAAGAAUUUACAUUUUAUUAGGGUUUGAUCGGAAGAUGGAGCCGAUGGACAUCGUCGGAAAGUCGAAAGAGGACGUCUCGCUCCCGAAAUCGACAAUGUUCAAGAUUAUUAAGGAGAUGCUACCACCAGAUGUUCGUGUAGCUAGAGAUACUCAAGAUCUUCUUGUGGAGUGUUGUGUAGAAUUUAUCAACCUUGUAUCUUCGGAGUCCAAUGAAGUAUGUAAUCGGGAGGACAAAAAGACAAUUGCACCAGAGCAUGUGCUCAAGGCUUUGGAGGUUCUUGGCUUUGGUGAGUACAUCGAGGAAGUUUAUGCUGCAUACGAACAGCACAAGCUUGAGACCCUGGAUUCACCUAAAGGUGGUAAAUUUGGCGGUAUAGAGAUGACAGAAGAAGAAGCGUUGGCGGAACAGCAGAGGAUGUUUGCAGAAGCCCGUGCGAGAAUGAACAAUGGAGUGAGCAUGCAAAAGCAGCCGGACUCCGAUCACAACCUGGAGAGCCAAUGAUGGAGCCCCGGGCAUUUGCGAUCGGCAAAGCAGCAGCCUCCAAGUGUUGCACAAUGGGCUAAUUGGGUGACUGCACGUUUGUAUAUCUAGCUAUCAACUCCGACAAUAUUGCCUGAUUAUAGCAGUACAGUUUAAGUAGAACAGAGUACUGGUGUUUCCUUGAGCUUGA